AUGAAGACUGAAGGAAGUGAUAUGCCCUACAUUGAAUGUUUAGUAGCAACUGAGAAAACACUCUACGUGGGAAUGUUCAUUCUUACUGACUCGACGUUUCAAGCCUGCACUUCUUACCGGGACGACGCGCUCGAAGACUACCUAAGUGCAUUUGUUGGAUCAGUGUCUAUGCGAUUUUGGGAUCUUUCUUCACCAGCAGUGAAACUCAUCUUCACCGGAUCACGGGCUCUAACUGAUGAAGAAGAACAGAAUAUUCUUGGAAAAGAAGAGGGCUUUCUGCAAGGUCCCGUGAAAGGCGCUGAUGCAGUGAAUAGGUUAAUGGAUAUUGAAAUGGAGGGAGAGUCCAUUUUCGGCCAAAACGUAUUUUACUACGUCCUGACACGGCGGAACAUUACUGAGGAAAAGACGAAAGCAAAAGUUAAUACUAACUCACUAUCGUUUGGCGGCAAUGAGUCCAACAGUGAGGAGGAAUCAUUUCUUGUGAACGGACGUUCGAACACUGCUCAGAAUAUGUUUCCACCCGUUGAAGGGCUAUCUCAGUACGGCAGCAUAUGUACCGUAAGUGUUGGUUUGGGCAAAGAUAACGGACGAAACUUCAGCGGCGUCACCACCGCAGCUAAGCAAAUUGCAAACAUACUUGGUCCGAUGUACAAUGGAACGAUAGAAAGAAGAAAGUGCGACAUGAAUUUCAUGCAAGAUGAAACAGAUUUUCAUUUUUUUGAAUGCCGUACGGCUACGAUGAUUAACGAUGACCAAACAGCCUCGGAAAAUUAUGACUGCCUCCAAGAACCUCCAGAGGAUAAGAGCUCAAGCAAUGUUACAAGUCCGCAACAGUUUUUCGAGAAGUAUCACGAAUGGACCCCGUGCGGUGUAUCGUACCUAGGAUCCGUGGAAUGCCCCAGUAAUCCAAAUGGUGCCUCAAGUUUAUCGAGCGAUUGUCAUUUGUCAUGCUGUCUUCCUGAAAAUAUUUUUAAGAGUUCCCUGAAGCAUAUUAAUAUCACUGCUCCUGAUGGUAGAAUCUGUGAUUCAAAAAAGGUGUGUGUAGCAGGCAAUUGCACUACCGAAGUGGCUACAUCAACGGAUGAAAUAUGAAGUGAAGCUGAAGUUAACAUUGCCACGGAUGUGACUGAGCUGGAUGCGCACGCGCCUCUCCCGCAAGACUACUGGUUUCAAUCUACCUCAUUGCAGUUUUCUGUAUAAUUCUUCGUACCUAUCCUUUAACGUGUCUGAUUUGGAAGUU